CAAAAUUCAAACAAAGAAGAGAUUAAGAUUGGAAAGAACGGAAAGAAAUGGCUGCAAAAUUAUACGACACACAAGCGAAGGAAUAUCGGGAUAUUCGGCCGAGUUACCCGCCAGAGCUGUUUCAAUUCAUUGCUUCCAAGACUCCCAUUCACGAUCUUGCCUGGGACGCCGGCGCCGGCAACGGCCAAGCCACUAUUUCUUUAGCUGGUAUAUACAAGAACGUCAUAGCCACAGACACAAGCCAAAACCAACUGCACCUCGCGCCAGACCUUCCUAAUGUUCGAUACCAACAGACGACUCCUCUCAUGACUGAAGCCGAGCUCCAUCACAAUGUUGCAACACAAUCAAGCGUGGAUGUCGUGACCGUUGCCCAGGCUUUGCAUUGGUUUGACAUUUCUGCUUUCUUCCAACAAGCGAAGUGGGUACUCAAGAAACCCCAGGGAGUGAUUGCCGCAUGGUGCUACACUGCCCCUGAAGUCAAUGAGUCAGUGGACUCUGUUUUCAACAGAUACUACCUCGAAUCUAAGCCAUAUUGGGAUCCCGCUCGCAACAUCUUGGAUGACAAAUAUAGAAGCAUCGAUUUUCCAUUCAUGCCGGUAGAUGGAGAAGUCCACACAGGACCUUUCAAAUUCAAAACAGAGAAAUUGUUGGAUUUGGAUGAUUACUUUGCAUACUUAAGGUCAUCGUCAGGGUAUCAGAUGCCGCGAAAGAAGGGUGUGGAACUUCUGAGGAGUGAUGUGAUUGAGGAUUUCGAGCGUGCAUGGAAUGAAGAUGGAAAUGCUCAUAAGAUUGCAACUUUUCCCAUUUAUCUGAGGAUUGGAAAAGUGGGUAACCCAAAUUAAGAAAAGGAACAUGCAUGGAGAAUUGAAUUGUUCCAUUAUGAUUGCACGUACUAUUACGUGUGCCAAAAUAAAAUGAACUUAUUGAUUGUGAUAGUUCUAUUUUCAGCAUUUGCUUCAAUCACUAGAACAUUUUGGUAAACAUCCGAUGCUUACAAUGAAUUAUGUAAUCACCUCAAGUAAUGAUGGUGUUUUAAUUUGCGAGAA